AUGAGCGACUCCUUCUGCCCCGACUGCAAGAAGCAGACGGAGGUGGCGUUCGACCACUCGGCGGGGGACAUGGUGUGCACCGAGUGCGGCCUGGUCCUCGAGGCGCACUCCGUCGACGAGACCUCCGAGUGGCGUACCUUCGCCAACGAGUCCAACGACAACGACCCCGUCCGUGUCGGCGGCCCCACCAACCCGCUCCUCACCGAUGGCGGCCUCUCCACCGUCAUCGCCAAGCCCAACGGCGCGCAGGGCGAUUUCCUCUCCUCCUCCCUCGGCAGGUGGCAGAACCGCGGCUCCAACCCCGACCGAUCCCUCAUCCUCGCCUUCCGCACCAUCGCUAACAUGGCUGACAGGUCCGCCUCUUCUCCCGCCUCUCCGCUCCUCCCUUACUUACGCUACAGGUUCGAUCCGAUUCGAUCAAAGCUAGGUCUUGUGGCUACUAUUAAGGACCGAGCAAAUGAAAUCUACAAGAAAGUUGAAGAUCUCAAGUCUAUCAGGGGAAGAAAUCAAGAUGCCAUAUUAGCUGCAUGUCUAUAUAUUGCUUGUAGACAAGAAGAUCGCCCUAGAACUGUGAAAGAAAUAUGUUCAGUUGCUAAUGGGGCCACAAAGAAAGAAAUUGGCAGAGCAAAAGAAUUUAUAGUGAAACAAUUGGAAGUUGAGAUGGGGCAAUCUAUGGAGAUGGGAACCAUUCAUGCUGGAGAUUUUCUGAGGCGUUUCUGCUCAACUCUUGGGAUGAACAAUCAAGCUGUUAAGGCAGCCCAGGAGGCAGUUCAGCGCUCAGAGGAGCUUGAUAUAAGGAGGAGCCCAAUCUCAAUUGCAGCCGCUGUCAUAUAUAUGAUAACCCAACUCUCAGAGGACAAGAAGCCACUUAAAGAUAUAUCCUUGGCUACUGGUGUGGCAGAAGGCACCAUCAGAAAUUCGUACAAGGAUCUGUAUCCCUAUGCCUCAAGGCUCAUUCCGAAUACCUACGCCAAGGAAGAAGACCUGAAGAAUCUCUGCACACCUUAG